AUGCUUAAGCCACCCGUGAAAGAUGGCCCAGGGAAAUACAGUACCUUACCUCCUAUCCAAACUGGGCCCAAACCAUCCGAAGAAAAAAGGGAGGUGAACAGCGCUGCUCAAGCCAUGAAAGACUACAUGAAAGCAAUGGAAGCACAGGCGGUGGCGUGUCCGUCAGCUGAUCCAGAGCUUCCCUCUAUUAUGAGUGGGGAAGACAGGAAACGAUAUUUGGACUACAUGCGUUUGAAGCAGUUUGUGGAGCGCAGGCCCACUGCCCCUUUCCAGCAGCAGUGGUUGGAUUCUAUGUUGACACUCGUGCCUCCGCAGCUUAGCCAAGGGCCUCAGCAGCAGGGGUUGCUGGAGGAACUGUGCAAAGAGGUCAGAGAGAACUACAGUAGAUGCAUGAACGAACACAAAGUAAAUAUGGUGCUCCGAAAACCAGAAAUUAAAGGAUCAGAUGUUGAUGGACAAAGACUUCUAUCAUCCAAAAAAUCCUUUGACUUCUCGAGGCCUUGGCAUGACAGCUUUGUCAGGAAUCGUAAGAGGAUCAAAGAGAACUUGCAUAUCCUGCAUCCAGUUAUGAGAGUUAUUUUGGAUAUUUGUCACACAACAUUUUCUCAGUUGCUGUUGGUUGAUCUCUCAGACUGCAGAUCCACAGGGCCUGUGGACUGUGAGAAUCUGAAGAACAAAGUGGCUGUAGAGUGUGAGAAAAUAGAGGAAAAGAUUAUGAAUACCUGGUUCCCCAAGGUCAUUAACUUGCUCACCAGCAAGAAGACAUUCAAAAACGUGAAAGCAGAGAAGCUUGACUUCUUUUACAACUGUGCUUCAACCCUUAUUUCCAAUCAACUAAAGGCACUGGUUGAGCGGAGCGUCACAGAGUUUGUCCAUCUCUUUGAUUCCACUGAUGCUCACAAAAUACCUCUCUUCAAAAUGGAUCUAAUUGCUGAUGAUGAGAAGAUAGAACUUUACCCCAGUUUCCAGGAUUUGGAGGAUGCUGUGCUAGAAAUGAUUCAUCUUAUUUCCAGUACCAUGCAGAAUGUUCAAACGGUUCAGUCCUUCCUGGCAGAGACUAACUCCUCAGUUGUAGAUGCUAAACUGCCAGAUCACAUUCUGGUAUGGGCUCAGACCACACUCAGGAAUGCUGUGGAGAAACACCUUGUGGAGCCAGUCAAACACUUUCAGCAUUAUGUUGACAGCUAUGACUGGCUUGUAAAUGGGACAGCCAAGGCACGGGUUGAGAAAUUCAUCAAGGAGGAGCACAGCUUUAAUGAGUACAUUCAGAUAGUGGAGGAGUUCCGCUCUCUGUCUAAGGAGGUUGUCAGCCUGCCCUCUGUAGCUCAUUUUGACAUGGUGUGGUUAGGUUGUGAAGAGUUAAAACAGGACCUAGCCAUGAAAGCAAAGGCCUUUGCAGAGAUCCUCAUACAGCAACUGAUCAACAUGCACAGAGAGAACAGUAAACAGAUCUGUCAGGAGUUUGAGACCAUUCAAGAUAAUGCUCUCAUGGUGUCAAAUACGACAGAAGACAUGACAAAUAUGACCGCUUUUAUUGAGCAUGCAAAAACUAAAGGAAUUGAAGAGCUCAAUAGCAAAAUAAUGGAGAUACAGCAAAGGCUGAGUUACCUGUUUGAUGUCCACAUAUUUGAUGCAGAAGAUCUUGAACUUAAUUCUACUGUGUUUAUGUGGCCACAGAAAAUACAUCCAGUUUUUGAACUCAAUGCUGAGCUAAUGGAGGAAGCCAAACAGAAAGGAACACAGGAAUUGUUGGCCAGGAGAGAGAAGCUGUUACUGGAGCUGGAGAGAUUGGGCCGCAGGAUGGAGGAGUUUCUAGAAUGUUCAGAAUUAGAUAUGAUGCAACAGUAUGCCACAGAUGUGAGAACUGUGCAGAAGAGGCUCCAGGAUGUCGAGAAAUCUAUUCUUUACAUUAACAAAGAUGAAGCUUUUUACAAAUGGGAACAAACAACUUACCCGGAGGUUGAGAUUAUCAAGGAGAACAUUGAAUCUUAUCAGAAGCUUUUUGGGCUGGUUUUGAAGUGGCAGCGUACAGAAAAGAGAUGGAUGGAUGGGUCAUUUGUGGAUCUAAAUGGAGAAAGCAUGGAAGCGCAGGUGGAUGACUUCUACAGAGAAAUCUACAAGAUGUUGAAGUUCUUCCAGCAGAAACAGAAGAAAGCUGAUCAGGAAAGAGAAAAAACUGUAGCAGUGAAGAAAAGGCCUGGUGAGGAAGACGAUGGCAAAGAAGAAAAUUCCGGCAUACUCAUCUGCUCUAAGGUCAUAGAGCAAGUCAAAGAAUUCAAGGAGCACGUUCCGUUGGUGUCCAUCCUGUGUACCCCUGGAAUCAGGACGCGACACUGGAAACAAAUGUCUGAAAUUGUGGGCUAUGACCUUACGCCGGAUUCAGGCACAACACUGCGUAAGGUUCUCAAGCAGAAUCUUACCCCUUAUUUCGACCAGUUUGAGAGCAUUAGUGCUGCAGCCAGCAAAGAAUUCUCCCUUGAGAAAGCCAUGCAAACCAUGGUGGAGAUGUGGGACACUGUGUCAUUCCGUCAUAACCCUUACAGAGAGUCUGGCGUGUCCAUCCUUGCUGCUGUGGAUGAGAUUCAGACUAUGUUGGAUGAUCAGAUAGUGAAGACUCAGACUAUGAGAGGCUCCCCUUUCAUCAAACCCUUUGAGACAGAAAUCAAGUUGUGGGAGGAGAAACUGAUUCACAUCCAGAACACCAUUGAUGAGUGGCUGAAGGUUCAGGCACAGUGGCUUUACCUUGAGCCCAUCUUCAGCUCAGAGGACAUCAUGCAACAGAUGCCUGAGGAAGGUCAGCUAUUCCAGACUGUGGACAGGCACUGGAAGGAGGUCAUGAAGCAUUGUGUAAAGGAUCCAAAGAUUUUACCAGCUACAUCACUGCCUGGUUUGUUUGAGAAGCUUCAAGAUUCCAACUCUCUUCUUGAUAAAAUUAUGAAAGGGCUGAAUGCAUACCUUGAGAAGAAAAGGCUGUAUUUUCCUCGCUUCUUCUUCUUGUCAAACGAUGAGAUGCUUGAGAUCCUCUCGGAGACAAAAGACCCUUUGCGUGUUCAGCCCCACCUGAAGAAGUGUUUUGAGGGCAUUGCCAAACUGCUCUUCCUGCCUAACCUGGACAUCCAAGCAAUAUACAGCAGUGAGGGGGAAUGUGUGCAGCUCAUCCAGCUGAUCUCCACCUCAGAAGCACGAGGAGCGGUGGAGAAAUGGCUGGUCCAGCUAGAGGACAUCAUGCUGCGGAGUAUCAGGGAUGUAAUUAACUGUUCCAGGCUGUCUUACCCAGAGACCAAAAGGAGUGAAUGGGUGAGAGAGUGGCCAGGCCAGGUUGUUCUUUGUACCUCUCAGAUGUACUGGACACUGGAGGUGCAUGAGGCCAUCAGAAGUGGACCGGAAGGUCUGAAGAACUAUUAUGAGCAGCUGCAGAGCCAGCUGAAUGAUGUUGUUGAACUGGUGAGAGGGAAACUGCCCAAGCAGACACGCAUCACCCUGGGAGCGCUGGUUACCAUAGACGUUCAUGCACGUGAUGUAGUUAUGGAAAUGAUUGAAAAGGGUGUUUCAAAUGAAACAGACUUCCAUUGGCUUGCUCAGCUACGUUACUAUUGGGCUAAUGACAAUGUUCGUGUCCGCAUCAUCAACUGUGAUGUCAAAUAUGCCUACGAGUACCUGGGAAAUUCUCCACGACUGGUCAUCACCCCAUUAACGGACAGAUGCUACCGAACAUUGAUCGGAGCAUUUUACCUGAAUUUAGGGGGUGCUCCUGAAGGUCCUGCUGGAACAGGAAAGACUGAGACUACCAAAGAUCUGGCCAAAGCCCUGGCUGUACAGUGUGUGGUGUUCAACUGCUCUGAUGGACUGGAUUACUUAGCAAUGGGAAAGUUUUUUAAAGGACUGGCCUCUUCUGGUGCCUGGGCCUGCUUUGAUGAGUUUAAUCGCAUUGAGCUGGAAGUACUGUCUGUGGUGGCCCAGCAAAUCCUGUGCAUUCAGAGAGCCAUAGAGAUGAAGCUAGAGUACUUUGAUUUUGAAGGCACAGAGCUACGUCUCAACCCAAAUUGCUUUGUAGCUAUCACCAUGAACCCUGGAUAUGCUGGCCGGUCUGAGCUUCCAGACAACUUGAAAGUCCUCUUUAGAACAGUGGCAAUGAUGGUUCCAAAUUACGCAUUAAUUGCGGAAAUCUCCUUAUACUCCUAUGGCUUCCUGAAUGCCAAACCUCUAUCAGUGAAAAUUGUGAUGACCUACAGACUGUGUUCUGAGCAGCUGUCCUCUCAGUUUCACUAUGACUAUGGUAUGAGGGCAGUCAAAGCCGUGCUGGUGGCUGCGGGAAACCUCAAGCUCAAGUUUCCAGAGGAAAAUGAAGAUAUACUCGUGCUCCGGUCGAUCAAGGAUGUGAAUGAGCCAAAGUUUCUCUCUCAUGACAUUCCUCUUUUCAAUGGAAUCACAAGUGAUCUCUUCCCUGGUAUUUCUCUUCCCGUGGCAGACUAUCAGCUCUUCCUGGAAUGUGCUCAUGAAUGCUGCAGAAAUCAUAAUGUCCAACCUGUGAAAGUUUUCCUGGACAAGAUCAUUCAGACUUACGAGAUGAUGAUAGUACGUCAUGGGUUCAUGCUUGUUGGAGAACCUUUUUCAGGCAAAACUAAGGUUCUACAUGUUCUAGCUGAUACCUUGACCCUGAUGAACAAGAGGGGUUAUAAUGAAGAGGAAAAAGUCCUGUAUCGCACCAUCAACCCCAAAGCCAUCACCAUGGGCCAACUCUUUGGCCAGUUUGAUCCUGUGUCUCAUGAGUGGACUGAUGGGAUUGUGGCCAACACGUUCCGUGAGUUCGCCUCAGCGGAAACUCCAGAAAGAAAGUGGGUCGUAUUUGAUGGGCCCAUUGACACACUGUGGAUUGAGAGCAUGAACACGGUACUUGAUGACAACAAAAAGCUGUGCCUCAUGAGUGGAGAGAUCAUCCAGAUGUCCAAUCAGAUGAGUUUAAUUUUUGAGGCCAUGGACUUGUCCCAAGCUUCACCAGCGACAGUAAGCCGCUGUGGGAUGAUCUACAUGGAGCCGUCCCAGCUUGGAUGGACACCUCUUGUGACAUCAUGGCUAAACACUCUCCCAGAACCACUCCAAACUCAGGAAAAUUCCACAUUGCUGCUUGAGCUUUUUAACUGGUUACUUCCCCCAUCAAUUCACAUGUUAAGGAAACAUUGUAGGGAAGUUGUACCAACAAGCAACAGCAAUACUGUAGUAUCUCUCACACGAAUCUUUGAGAUGCUCUUGACGGAAUCCAUACGUGAGGAUGCUGGGAACAAGAAUAUACGCACCUGGAUCAUGGCAGCAUUUGCGUUCUCCUUGGUGUGGUCUGUUGGUGGGAGUUGUGAUACAGAUGGACGUUUACGAUUUGACUGUUUCCUAAGAGACAUCAUAUCUGGGAAAAAUGACAACAAUCCAGUCCCUGCAAUUGUGUCACAAUGGGAAUGUCCAUUUGAUGUGAAAGGCCUUGUUUAUGACUAUUCUUAUGAGUUUAAAGGAAAAGGCCGUUGGAUACAUUGGAAUGACUCAUUGAAGAAUGUUGCGCUGGGGGACAAGAACACCAAGGUGCAGGAUAUUAUCGUCCCCACAAUUGAUACGGUGCGGUACACGUACCUGAUGGACCUAUGCAUUCAGUAUGCAGUGCCUUUGCUGUUUGUUGGCCCUACCGGCACUGGAAAGUCUGUUUAUGUAAGAGAGAAGCUCAUGAACAAUCUGGACAAAGACAGGUACCUCCCAUUUUUCAUCAACUUCUCAGCCCGGACCAGUGCUAACCAGACCCAGAAUGUCAUCAUGUCAAGGCUGGAUAAAAGACGGAAAGGGGUAUUUGGACCUCCUAUGGGAAAGAAAUGCAUCAUUUUCGUGGAUGACAUGAGCAUGCCAGCGAUGGAGGUGUUUGGAGCUCAACCUCCAAUUGAACUGCUGCGCCAGUACUUCGACCAUCGACACUGGUACGACCUUAAAGACACAUCCAAGAUCACUUUGGUGGACUUACAACUGAUCUCAGCGAUGGGCCCCCCAGGUGGUGGAAGAAACGCAGUCACCCCUCGAUUUCUGCGGCAUUUCAACAUCUGUAGCAUCAACACAUUCAGUGAUGAAACUAUGGUGCGCAUAUUCUCCAACAUGGUGGCCUUCUAUUUUCGCAACAAUGGUUUCCCUCCUGACUGCUUCAAUGUUGGCAACCAGAUCGUGGCUGCAACCCUUCAGGUUUAUAAGAAGGCUAUAGAAAAUCUACUCCCUACUCCAGCCAAGUCUCACUACACCUUCAACCUUCGAGACUUCUCCCGAGUGGUUCAAGGAUGCCUGCUACUGAAGAAGGAUAGUCUGGAGAAUAAGUUUACCAUGAUCCGUCUUUUUAUUCAUGAAGUGUUCCGCGUCUUCUAUGAUCGCCUGGUUGACGAUAGUGAUCGUGCUUGGCUUUAUCGCCUGAUGAAUGACAUUGUGAAAGAGCACUUCAGUGAGAACUUUGACAGUGUAUUUGCACAUCUGAAAGAGGGGAAAAAGUCUUUGUGUGAGAAAGACAUGAGAAGUUUGUUAUUUGGGGAUUACAUGAAUCCUGACCUGGAAGAUAGCGAGCGGCUAUAUGCUGAGGUUCCAUCCAUGGAGAACUUCCGUGAUGUCACGGAGCUCUGUCUGGAGGAAUACAACCAGACCCACAAGACUCAAAUGAAUCUUGUCAUUUUCCGUUAUGUGCUGGAGCACCUGUCUCGAAUUAGCCGUGUGCUGAAACAACCAGGAGGAAAUGCCCUGUUGGUGGGUGUUGGAGGUAGUGGCCGCCAGUCUGUGACUCGACUGGCCACUUUUAUGGCUAAUAUGACCCUGUUCCAACCAGACAUCUCCAAGAGCUAUGGCAUGAAUGAGUGGAGAGAUGACCUAAAGCUCCUCCUGAAGAACGCAGGGAUGAAGGGUCAGAAGACUGUAUUCCUACUCACAGAUGCACAGAUAAAGGAGGAGGGCUUUUUGGAGGAUGUGGACAGUCUCUUAAACACAGGAGAAGUUCCAAACCUUUUUGCUGUUGAUGAAAAGCAAGAGAUCAUGGAAGCGGUACGCCCAGUUGCCCAGGCUGGCAAUAAGAAUGUGGAGUUCAGUCCUUUAGCUCUGUUUGCCUACUUUGUUGCGCGCUGUAAAGAGAACCUGCAUGUAGUAGUGGCAUUUAGUCCUAUUGGAGAUGCAUUCCGGAACCGCCUGCGCCAGUUCCCCUCCCUCAUCAACUGCUGCACCAUCGACUGGUUCCAGGCCUGGCCAGAGGAGGCUCUUGAACAAGUAGCCAACAAGUUCUUGGAGAACUUGGAGAUGAGUGACCAUGAGCGGCAAGAGGUCAUCCAUAUCUGCAAGACCUUCCAUACCUCAGCCAAGGAUCUGUCUAAUAAGUUUUUGUCAGAGCUUGGUCGCCAUAACUACGUGACUCCUACCUCAUACUUGGAGCUCAUUGCUGCGUUCAGGCAGCUCCUCUCCCAGAAACGGGACACUGUGAUGAAAGCUAAGAGAAGGUACACAAAUGGACUUGACAAACUAGCCUUCGCUGAGUCCCAGGUGGGAGAAAUGAAGACAGAACUGGUUGACCUUCAGCCUAAACUUGAACGAGCCAGGACUGACAACGCUAAAAUGAUGGAGGUGAUAGAGGUGGAAUCAAGGCAGGUGGAGGCUAAAAGCAAAAUUGUUCGAGUGGAUGAGGAGGCAGCUACUCUCAAAGCAAAUGAAGCACAGGCUUUGAAGGAUGAGUGUGAGAGUGAUUUGGCUGAAGCUAUCCCUGCACUGGAAGCUGCCCUCGCUGCCCUGGACACACUUAAACCCUCUGAUGUGACAAUUGUGAAGUCUAUGAAGAACCCACCUUCAGGAGUGAAGCUGGUUAUGGCUGCUGUGUGUGUGAUGAUGGACAUAAAACCUCAGAAAAUCAACGACCCCUCAGGAAGUGGACAAAAGAUUCUUGACUAUUGGGGUCCAAGUAAGAAACUGCUUGGAGAUAUGAAUUUCCUUCGAGACCUGAAAGAGUAUGACAAGGACAACAUCCCAGUGGCAGUGAUGCAAAAAAUUCGUAGUGAAUACAUGACGAAUCCUGACUUUGACCCUACCAAAGUGGCCAAGGCCUCAUCUGCUGCUGAAGGCUUGUGUAAAUGGAUUACUGCUAUGGAGGUUUAUGACAAAGUGGCUAAGACGGUGGCCCCUAAGAAGGCUAACUUGGCCGAAGCGCAGGAAUCACUGGCCACUACCAUGGAGCUGCUGAACCAAAAAAGAGCUGAGCUGAAGGAGGUGGAGGAUCGAUUGGCCUCUUUGCAAAAGACAUUUGAUGAGAAGACACAGGAGAAAGCCCAGCUGGAGACCCAGGUGGAUCUCUGCGCACGCAAGCUGGAAAGAGCUGAAAAACUGAUCGGUGGCCUUGGAGGAGAAAAAACUAGGUGGUCAGCAGCUGCAGAUGAACUUCAGAAUACCUAUGAUAACUUGAUUGGUGAUAUACUCAUAUCUGCUGGAGUAAUAGCUUACCUGGGGGCAUUCACAGUUGGGUUCCGCAUUGAUUGCACCAAAGCCUGGACUAAGCUGUGCAAGUCUAAGAACAUUCCAUCCUCUGAUGACUUCUCCCUGAGCAAAACCCUAGGAGAACCCAUCAAGAUUAGGGCUUGGAACAUUGCUGGUCUUCCCACCGACAGCUUCUCCAUCGAUAAUGGAGUUAUAGUGAGCAAUUCCAGAAGAUGGCCAUUGAUGAUAGACCCUCAGGGUCAGGCCAACAAAUGGGUAAAAAACUCAGAAAAGGAAAACAACUUGAGUGUAAUCAAGCUGACUGAUAGUGACUACAUGAGAACAUUGGAGAACUGCAUUCAGUUUGGGACACCUCUGCUACUGGAGAAUGUAGGUGAAGAGUUGGAUCCAUCACUGGAGCCGUUACUAUUGAAACAAGUUUUCAAACAAGGUGGGAUGGACUGCAUCCGGCUGGGGGAGAGUGUGAUUGAAUACUCUAGUGAUUUCCGCUUCUAUAUUACCACUAAACUACGUAACCCCCACUACCUGCCUGAGCUGGCAACCAAAGUUUCCCUGCUUAACUUCAUGAUCACCCCAGAGGGCCUGGAGGACCAGCUACUGGGGAUUGUGGUGGCCAAGGAGAGGCCAGAGCUAGAAGAAGAAAGGAAUGCUCUGAUCUUGCAGUCCGCUGCUAACAAGAGACAACUGAAAGAGACUGAAGACAAAAUCUUGGAGACUCUGCAGUCCUCAGAGGGCAACAUCCUGGAAGACGAAAGCGCAAUUCAGAUCUUGGACUCUGCUAAGAUUAUGUCCAGCGAGAUCACCAAGAAACAGCAGAUCGCAGAGAAGACAGAAAUCAAAAUUGCAGAAUCCAGGGAGGCCUACAGAGCAAUUGCCAAGCACUCUUCCAUUCUCUUCUUUACCAUUGCAGAACUUGCAAACAUUGACCCAAUGUACCAAUAUUCACUCAGCUGGUUUGUCAACCUCUACAUCAACUCCAUUCAACACAGCAACAAGUCAAAGAUUCUGGAGAAGAGACUUAGAUACCUUAUCGACCACUUCACCUACAAUCUGUACUGCAAUGUGUGUCGCUCCCUCUUUGAGAAAGACAAGCUCCUCUUCUCAUUCCUUCUCUGCUCAAACCUAAUGCUAGCCAAGAAGGAGAUCGACUACUCUGAGUUCAUGUUCCUCCUCACAGGUGGUGUUGGGCUGCAGAACAAUGUGCCCAAUCCUGACCCUGACUGGUUACAGGAAAAGAGCUGGGAUGAGAUCUGCAGAGCCAGUGAACUGCCCGCACUGCAAGGCCUAAGGGAGAGCUUCAUGCAGUGUUCAGAUGCCUUUAAGACAAUCUAUGAAAGCAACGAACCCUAUAACACACCUUUGCCUAAACCAUGGUGUGACAAACUUAAUGACCUUCAGAAAAUGAUCAUCUACCGAUGCCUAAGACCAGACAAAAUUGAACCUGCUAUUGGAAACUACGUGAGACAUAAACUGAGCAGGAAGUUUGUUGAACCUCCACCAUUUGAUUUGAGAAAGAGCUACAAUGACUCCAACUGUACCAUCCCAUUGAUCUUUGUGCUUUCUCCUGGGGCUGACCCAAUGGCCAGCUUGUUGAAGUUUGCCAAUGAUAAGAGCAUGGACGGCUCAAAAUUCAAGUCCAUUUCUCUGGGUCAGGGUCAGGGCCCUAUUGCGGUGAAGAUGAUCCAAUCUGCCAUGAAGGAAGGUUCUUGGGUGUGCUUGCAGAACUGCCAUCUGGCCGUGUCCUGGAUGUCCACUUUAGAGAAGAUUUGUGAGGAUUUCAGUCUAGAAACCUGCCACCCAGACUUUCGCCUCUGGCUCACCAGUUACCCUUCUUCCAUGUUCCCAGUGACAAUUCUACAGAAUGGUGUGAAAAUGACAAAUGAGCCACCCACAGGCCUAAAGCUAAACCUCCUGCAGUCCUACCUCUCUGACCCCAUCUCUGACCCACAUUUCUUCACAGGCUGCCCAGACAAAGAGCUAGUUUGGGAAAAGCUCUUGUACGGGGUUUGUUUCUUCCACGCCCUUGUCCAAGAAAGGAAGAAGUUUGGACCGUUGGGUUGGAAUAUUCCAUACGGGUUCAAUGAGUCAGACCUUCGCAUCAGUAUCAGGCAGCUGCAGCUCUUUGUGAAUGAGUACGACGAAGUCCCUUUUGAGGCCAUAACGUACCUGACAGGGGAGUGCAACUACGGCGGGCGUGUAACUGAUGACUGGGACCGCCGCCUGCUCAUGACCAUGCUGGCAGACUUCUACAAUAAAGAUGUCAUUGAGAACACUCGCUACUACUUCUCCCCCAGUGGCAAAUACUACGCUCCACCAAAGUCUAUAUACGAGGACUAUGUGAAGUUUAUCAGGGACCUGCCAUCCAUUCAACAUCCUGAGGUGUUUGGGAUGCAUGAAAAUGUGGACAUAUCCAAAGAUCUGCAGCAGACCAAACUCCUGUUUGACUCACUGCUCCUGACCCAGGGCGGUGGGGCAAAGGGAGGGAGCAGUUCUGGAGGCGACAGCACCCUUUUGGAUAUUGCCAGUGAUAUCUUAGCCAAACUUCCAGACAACUUUGAUACCGAAUUGGCUCUUGUGAAAUUCCCUGUGCUCUAUGAAGAGAGCAUGAACACAGUGCUGGUGCAGGAAUUGGAGCGAUAUAACACGUUGUGUAGCACUAUCCGCGUGAGCCUGCAGAACUUGCUCAAGGCCAUUAAAGGGAUCGUGGUGAUGGAUGCUGAGUUGGAGGCCAUAGCAGGCAGUCUAUUAGUGGGGAAGGUGCCUGAGAAAUGGGCCAAGCGCUCCUACCCCAGCCUCAAGCCCCUGGGGAGCUACAUCAGUGACCUCCUCGCCAGGCUCAAGUUUCUGCAGGAGUGGUAUGACACCACCAAACCCCAUGUGUUCUGGCUGUCAGGGUUCUUCUUUACUCAGGCUUUUCUGACUGGGGCCAUGCAGAACUACGCUAGGAAAUACUCCAUCCCCAUUGACCUCCUCAGUUUUGACUUCAAGGUAUUACCCAUAGACACCUCAGAUACUUCCCCGGAGGAUGGUGUGUACAUUCACGGCCUGUUCCUGGAUGGAGCCCGGUGGGACAGAGAAAGUGGAGACCUGGCUGAACAAUACCCUAAAGUCCUUUUCUAUUCAGUACCCAUUAUCUGGAUAAAGCCAAUGGAUAAGAGAGUUGUGAAGCAGCCGGAGAAUGUCUACGUGUGUCCUCUGUAUAAGACAAGUGAGCGGAAGGGCACCCUGUCUACCACAGGCCACUCCACUAACUUUGUCAUCUCCCUGACUCUUCUGACCAAGACACGCCCACAACACUGGAUCAAGAGAGGGGUCGCCAUGCUAUGCCAGCUGGAUGACUAA